GUCUAAUACAUUAACUGUAACAGAUACUAGAAAAGCCAGCAGCAACAUGAAACGUGACGACACUAAAGUUGAAUCAUUUUUAUGCUAAAUACACCCUAGAGUGGCAAGAUCAAUCUUAUAGAACACGAUUCUGCGAUUGAUUGAUAAUGAUAAAAAGAUACCUGACAAUAACAACUCAUAACACAGGACUAUUGAAAUCGGUUCAAUUUGAAAUGGAUAUUCUUCCGAACAGUACAGGUGAGACCAAAACUGGUUCUACCUGGUACACCUGUCUAACCACAAAUUCUACGUAUGGGAAAUCAUCCUGCUGGGAGCUGGAUAAAUGCAAACCAAUGACCGUUUUUCUGCAGGUUUUAUCCAUUUUUGGAAUGUUAUCCAACUUUAUAGUGUUUAUUGUGAUAUGUGCUGAAAAAAGGCUCCACAAACCGAUAUACACCGGUAUAAGAAUGUUGACCGUUCCCGAUGCUUUAUUUCUAACGUGUAGAUUUUUGAUAUUCACCUUUUCAGACUUGCCAUUCAAAGUUUCGCUGGCAAUAAUUUAUUUAUUUUUAUCCUCUUUCUUUUCCUCCAUCGGCCACGUGAUACUUCUCUCUGUUCAACAAUACCUUAUGAUCGCCUUUCCGUUAAAAAGUUUGGUGUGGAUGAGAAACAAACGAGUUCUGAUUGUCUCAGCAAUAAUUUGGAUAUUUGCUGCAAUCAUGUCGGCUCCCUACGUCCAUUUAACCUAUUUGACAAAGAAGGUAGAGGCAGCAGCGUUAUUAAACCUAGUGUACACUAUAGUUGUGACUGUGGGACCUAUUUGUUUACUCUGUCUUUUACAUAUUAUGAAAAUCAUAGCUUUGAAGAAAUCAUUGGGGACAAACAGGAAUAAAACGACUAAGAAAGUCUCCCAAAUCAUAUCAAUAGUGAUAGGCGUAUAUGUGAUAACAACCACGCCCAUCAACAUCCGGGAUAUCAUAGAAAUGUCUGUUUGUCACAUGACUGACACGUGGUUUAUCGUUCUUGGACACAUCGGGCGAACACUUCUUUUGGUAAAUUAUUCUAUCAAUCCAUAUAUCUACUUUAUCAGCACACCCCAGUUUCGAAAAGCACUUUUCAGAUGUUGUGGAUAUAAAGACGAUUUGCACACUGGAUCUAGGACUAAUACGCAAACCGAGUCCGCACACGUAUCAUCAGUGAGGUCUGCCUGUUCAUCAGUAAGCUCGUCUUCAGUUACUUCUGAGCCAAUACCCAGAGCCUCUCGAUGCUCUACAAUCAACAGUUGUACUCACCUGUGAUCACAUUUGUUAAAGGAUAAUGACCGAAUUUGCGAUUAUCCUCGAGUGGCGCUUUGUAGAGCUGUUGAUAUAAAGCUGAUUUUAAUAUACACUGGAUCUAAUACGCAUAACGAUUUCGCACAUACGUCAUUGAGAAGGUCAGCGAGUUCAUGGAAGAGCGAUCUUGUCUUCUGGAAACUCAAAAUAUUCAUUGAGAUUCUCUCAAUUUGAACAAUCAAGUAUAAUUAAAAUAUCAAUUUUCUCUAGAAGGAAAUGAUACACGGUU